AUGACCAAUUAUCGAACAGAAUUACGUAUACCUGUUGAACGAAAUAAUAAAUCAAUAAUCAAUGAUGAUUACUUUACAUUUGAUGAUAAUUCAAUGUUAACAUUAAAUGACAAUUGGAAAUAUAAUAAUAGUAAUAAUAUAAAUAAUUGGGAUUCACGUAGUCGUCAUACAUCAGGUAAUGAAUAUAUUUCACAUGAUAUCCCAUGGAAUAAACGUUUACGUACAACUUCUGCUGAUCCUACAAGAUAUACCAAUGUAGAUUAUCUAUAUGAUGAUAUGAAACGUAGAAUGGAAGAACGUCGUAGACGAUGGAAUGAAGAAUUUAAAUUAUUGAAUAAUGAUAUGCUAUUACCUAGUCGAUUAAAAAGUUCAAAUGAUAUAUUUAGUAGUAGAGAAACAAUAAAUUCUCCAAAUUCACAUGAUAUUAUAUCAAAAAAUCCUUCAUCAAGUGGUUAUGAACAAUUUCCAGAUGGAAGUGUACAUUUUGUAUCAAAUUUUAAUCUUUCUGGUUAUGAUCCAGAAUUACUUAAAGUAUUUGUACGUGAUGGUAAAUUAAUGGUAGUAGCUAAAACUGAACAUAAUCAUUCUACUAACAGUCUUAAUACAACUAUAAAUACAAAUAAUACAAAUAAUAAUUCUAUAUCAUCUUUUUGUGAAUAUACUCAUUCAUUAAAUUUACCUCCAGGUGUAGAUGAUGAAAAACUUUCUGCUGUUUUAUCACUUAAUGGUGUAUUAACUGUUAGUUGUCCUAUGAAACCACCAUCAUUUUCAUCAUCAACAAAUUUACAAUCACCAUAUUCUGAAAAUUUAUCAGAUUCAUUUUGGAAUAAUCAUCAUCAAUAUUAUCGUCAUCAUUAUCGAUCACCAACUAUGAAACCACAGCAACAAUAUUCACGAAAAAUUGACUUGAAAUCACCUAAAUCUAAUUAUUCUUCACGUUCUUCACAUUCAGAUUAUGAUAUUAUAUCACGUGAUCAACAAGACUAUCAGAGUCGUCAUCCUUCUUCUUCAAUUCAACUACAACAACAACAACAACAACAACGAAAACAUAGAUUUCGUUUAGAACUACCAAUUGAUUCAGAAUAUUCACCAGGAGAAAUACAAAUUAAAACUUUGAAUCGUCGCAUUUAUAUUAAAGCACGUCAUGAAGAACGAGCUCCUAAUCGUACUUCUGUAAGAGAAUUUUCUAAAGAAUACGACAUUCCAGAUAAUAUUGAUCCAGAAAGUCUCACUGCUAAAUUUAGUAAUGGAAUAUUAUAUAUUGAAGAACCAAUUGUUUAAAUUAUUAAUAAACUUAAUUCAAAUAUCAGAAAUGAUCAUAGUGAAUUAGUUGUUUGAUAUAAUUUCUCAUCUUAAUACAAUCAUGAUUACUAUUUUACUUUUUGUUUACCUAUUCUUCAAUAUUUUGGUCAGUCAAUAGAAAGAAGAAGCUAAUUAAAAUUCUCUGAAACUGUGUAUAUGAUGUUAUCACUUAAAAGAGAUUUUAUAACAUAUAAGCAUAUAUGAUGGUAGUAUCAUUAGUUUAGUUCUUCCUUAUAUCAUACAUGAAAGUGACUGGAAUUUCAUUUAUAUGUUGGUUGUUGUUGUUGUCGUCGUCGUUGCUUCUUUUUUUAUAGUGUCAAGUUCAUAUUUUUCUACUUAAAUCACAUUAAGUCAUUAUUACUUUUAAGAAAUAAAAUUUAUUUUCACA